AUGACUAUCAACAUGAUUAGCAACAUGACAAACAACAUGACUAGCAACAUGACUAGCAUCAUGACUAGCAACAUGACAAACAACAUGACUAGCAACAUGACUAGCAACAUGACUAUCAACAUGACUAUCAACCUGACUAUCAACAUGACUAUCAACAUGACUAUCAACAUGACUAUCAACAUGACAAACAUGACUAUCAACAUGACUAGAGAGAGACCAGACUCUCCCUCUGACAUGAGUCCUUCAGAGGAAACAGACCCAGGGAAGAGGCCUUCAGGUGAACCAGACCCAGGGAGGAGACCUUCAGUGGAACCAGACCCAGGGAGGAGACCUUCAGGGGAACCAGACUUGGGGAAGAGUCAUUCAGGGGAACCAGACCUAGAGACUGCCAAACCAGUAGGACGGCACUGCUGCUCCCACUGUGGAAGGAAAUUUACCAAGUUACACAACCUAAAAGAGCACGAGAGGACACACACAGGAGAAAAGCCUUUCCAAUGUUCCCAGUGUGGAAAGAGUUUUAGCCGGUUAGACAGCCUGAAAAUGCAUGAAAGAAUUCACUCUGGAGAGAAGCCUUACCAAUGCUCCUAUUGUGUAAUGAGUUUUUCACGAUCACAGGCCCUCAAAAGGCAUGAGAGGACACACACAGGAGAAAAGCCUUUUCAAUGCUCCCAGUGUGGAAAUAGUUUUACCCUGUUGGCACACCUGAAAUCUCAUGAGAGGACGCACACAGGAGAAAAGCCUUUCCAAUGUUCCCAGUGUGGAAAGAGUUUUACCCGGUUAAGGACCCUAAUUAGGCACCAAGGAAUACACAAAGAAGGAAGGAAGACCUUCCAUUGCUCUCAGUGUGGAAAGAGUUUUACUGAGUUAUGGGGCGUGAAAAUACACGAGAGAAUUCACUCUACACACAGAGGAGAAAGGCCUUUCCAAUGCUCCCAAUGUGGAAAGCGUUUUACCCAGUUAGGGAACCUGAAUUUACAUAAGAUAAUUCACUCUGGAGAUAAGCCUUACCACUGCUCUCAGUGUGGAAAGAGCUUUAUUCGGUCAUGCCAUCUCAAAGAGCAUGAGAAAACACACACAGGAGAAAAGCCCUUCCAAUGUUCCCAGUGUGGGAAGAGUUUUGCCCGGUUAUGGAACCUAAAAGAGCACGAGAGGAUACACACAGGAGAGAAGCCCUACCACUGCUCUCAUUGUGGAAAGACCUUUUCCCGAUUAAGGGAACUGAAAUCCCAUUACAUUUCACACACUCUUAUCCAGGGAGAAUAACGAUUGUUGAAUUCACCUUAAAGGUAGCUAGCUAGGUGAGACAGCCACACAUCACAGGCAUAGUAAGUACAUUUUCCCUUCAUUAAAUAGUUCUCAGUGAAGUCAGUGCUAGUAGGAAAAGACACGUUCAGGUCAGAUUUAUUGAAGAUACUCUUUGAAGAGGGUCAUCGUGGUUUUCAAGGUUCGUUGCACAUGAGAGAAUAAAGAAGCUAUUUUCUGUC